UGAUUGUAAUCUGAUCGUGGCAAGGCCACCCUUAAAAGAGGAGCAAGCUCUCCAAUUCUUUUACACCUCGAUGAGAAUGGCAGCUGUAUAACGAAUGACAGGUCUGGAUGAAGGUCUGGAUAAAGAAACUCAUUAAAAUUGCUGAGUGUUUUUUUCCUCACUUGCUGAGUCCUGGAACUCAGGAAAGAAAGUAUUACUGUAGUUCUACCAUUGCAGACAUACGGCACAAGGCACCAUGGCUGAGAGUGAAAACCAGAUGCUGGACUAUACUCUUGUUCCAUACAAAAACUUUCUUCUAAUAUCAAAUAUUCAUUCAGCUGAAGAUCUGGAUCAGCUGCAGAAAUGUGAAAUCAGGGAUUCUGAUAUCUUUGUAGUUACAUAUCCAAAGUCAGGGACCAUAUGGAUGCAACAGAUCCUGACUUUGAUUGAAGCAGGUGGAGAUCUCAGUGCAACACAAAACCAGACAACUUCCGACAGAAUUCCAUGGAUUGAGCUGAAAGGCAAAGUGCACGAUUUUGUGGCUGCUCCUUCACCUCGCAUCCGGGUUUCUCAUUUGCCAUAUAAUAUACUCCCAGAGGCUCUAAGGCAAAAAAAGGGGAAGGUAAUUUAUGUAGCUAGAAACCCAAAAGAUAUACUGGUGUCAUACUACCACUUUCAUUCCUAUGCAGUAAUGUUGGAGACACCAAAAAACUUUGAGGAUUUUUUUGAUAAAUUCCUGGAAGGAAGAGUUUUUGGCAGCUCCUGGUUUGAUCAAAUCAAAGAAUGGUAUAGCCACAAAGAUGAAAUGAACUUUCUGUACUUGACAUAUGAAGAGAUGAUUAAGGACAUAAAGACCUCAGUCUUGAAAAUAUGCAAAUUUCUGGGAAAGCAGCUUAAUGACGAGCAGAUUAACAAUGUUGUGGAGCACUCUACCUUUAAAAACAUGAAAGUCAAUCCAAAAGCCAACUACCAGUUAGUCUCCAAUGACCUGCUGAACCAGAGAAAGGGAGCUUUUAUGAGAAAAGGGACCAUUGGAGACUGGAAGAACUACUUUACAGUUGCUCAGAAUGAAAAAUUUGACAAAAUAUUCCAGGAGAAAAUGAAAGAUUUUCCCCUGACGUUUGUGUGGGAUAUCUGUGACUAAAUCAUCGCAGGCUAAAAUAAGAAGCACAGAAGAAAAAAAAUGUUACAAUACAAACUGUAGUCACCUGUACCUGUGCUGUUUCUUUUGAUAUGCACUCCUAUUCACUCCUCAGGUUAUGUAUAUUAUUUUAAUGACUUUGUAAUGGCACAUAUACAUGUUUUGAAAAAAAAAUUUAAACUUCACUAUAAAUAUAUAAAUACUAUGCUAUUUUGUUUUUGUUUCAAACAUUUUUAUACCAAUUCUGUUUAGCAAAACUUACUGACUAGGCUUUUGUGAAUGUUACAGUACUACAGAAUUCCCACCACAAUUAAAAUAUCUUAUAUUCCAUCAUUGAAUUGUAAAGCAGUAGUUUGGUCUCAGAAGUUUUAAUUCACUGAAAUUGCAAAUAAAUCUUUUGGUUUUCUCCUUUUCUCCUUCAUCAACGUUCUACCAAAAAAUAGAACAGAUUCACCAUAUUGCAACUGUGUUACUGAGAUGGAAUGCCUAUACUGUAUGAACAUAACACUUUCUUUUCAUUAUUAUUGAGAUGUAAUGUUUGCAAUUAACCUACUGUAUGUGAGUCCAUCAAUUUACUCAAUUGUAAUUAACAGAUUUUUUAAAUGAAAGCUAAUUAUUCACAUUAUUCAUUAAACACCUCUGUCUUUUCUUUCCUUAAUUAUACACAAAUUUCUAUUGUAGUCAUUUUAAUUUUGGGUAGAAAAUAAAAUAUAUAACAUGUAACAUUGAAA